UAUGACCACAGAUUACAGAGUAGAAUGUCUAUGACGAAAACAAUCAAAUAAAAGAUAAAUAAAAUAAUCAACAUAGGAUUCACUUACCACCUUAUAUUAUUAUUUAUCUUUGUAGUAAAUGGAUAUUGCUGAUGACAUCAGUAAAUAUAGAGUAACGAGAGCGCCUCCUGAUGUGUAUUAUAUACCUAACUUUAUUUCGAUUGAGGAGGAAGAUGAAAUUUUAAAGCAUGUAUAUGGUGCUCCAAAACCAAAAUGGACUUAUUUAUCAAAUAGACGAUUACAAGAUUACGGAGGCGUUCCUCAUAAACGAGGAAUGAUUUCAGAAGAAAUUCCACAAUGGCUUCAAAAGUACAUGGAUCGAAUAAAUGACUUGAGUGUUUUUGAUAAGAAGUUCCCCAAUCAAGUACUCGUCAAUGAGUAUAUUCCAGGGCAGGGUAUAAUGCCACACACUGAUGGACCUUUAUUUCAUCCCAUUGUGACGACUAUCAGCUGUGGAUCUCACACUAUAUUGAACUUUUUGGAGAAUAACGUUCAGAGGGAUAAAAUUUGUGAAUUUUUAUUAGAGAGACGUAGUCUGAUUAUUAUUAAAAAUGAUAUGUAUACAAAAUAUUUACAUUCCAUUGAUGAGACAAAAUUUGAUGUGAUAAGUGAUGACACUGUGAAUUUAGAAUAUUGUUGUGGGGAGUAUAAUACAGGAGAAACAUUAGAAAGACAAACAAGGAUUUCUGUAACUAUCAGAAAUGUUCCCAAAGUCUUGAAAGUUAAAAUUACAACAUAGACUAAGGGCUAAAAAUGUAAAUAUAUACUUAAUAUAAUCAUUCAUUACUUUAAACUCUUCUUAAAAAAUAAAAUCUAUUCUUAUAUA